AUGGCCCAAAUACCAAACGCAAAGAGAGUGGUGGUGGUGGGCUUGGGCAUGGUGGGCAUCGCCUUCAUAGAGAAACUGCUCAAGUACGAUGCCCGAACGCGAGAGUACAACAUCACAGUCCUGGGCGAGGAGUCGCAUCUGGCGUACAACCGAGUCGGCCUGACGAGCUUCUUCGAGCACCGCAAGAUUGAGAAUCUGUACCUGAACCCGGCAGAAUGGUAUACGAGCGCCCCGAAAGACGCCCUCGGAUAUCUUGUCAACACCAAAGUAGUAGCAAUCGACUCGGCGAAUAAGACAGUCACCUGCGCCAACGGCGAUGUCGUGCCCUACGACAUCCUCGUGCUCGCCACGGGAUCCGACGCGAUCCUCCCGCGGCACACGCCCGGACACGACGCCAAGGGCGUGUUCGUCUACAGAACCAUCGACGACCUGGUCAACCUCAUCGACUUUGCCGGCACGAGGAAAGACUCCGUCGGGGCGGUCGUCGGCGGCGGCCUGCUAGGUCUGGAGGCGGCCAAGGCCAUGAUGGACCUCGAGUCGUUUGCACAGGUCAAGCUCAUCGAGCGCAACAAGUGGGUGCUCAGCCGGCAGCUGGACGAGGACGCGGGCACCAUGGUCGUGCAGCAGGUCAGGGACCUCGGCCUGGACGUGAAGCUCAGCAAACGCGUGAAGAGCAUCAAGGUGGACGGCGACAACAGCGUGAGCGGCGUCGUCUUCGAGGACGGCGAGGAGAUGGACUGCUCGACCAUUUGCUUCGCCAUCGGCGUCCGCGCGAGGGACGAUCUGGCCCUCAGCUCGGGCCUCGAGUGCGCGGAGCGCGGCGGCGGCAUCGUCGUCGGCGACGACCUCGCCACGAGCCAACCGGACAUUUACGCCAUUGGCGAGUGCGCGAGCUGGCAGGGCCAGACGUUUGGCCUCAUCGCCCCGGGCGUGGAAAUGGCCGACGUCCUCGCCUUCAACCUGACGCAGGCCAAGCUUCACUCGCCGCGGGCCUUUAAGCGCCCGGACCUCAGCACCAAGCUCAAACUGCUCGGCGUCGACGUCGCCAGCUUUGGAGACUUUUUCGCCGACCGGGACGGGCCGAAGCACCUGCCGCCCAAGUACACAAGGAAACUGAAGGCCAGCGCAGGCCCCGAGGCGGCGCCCGAGACACCAACAGUCAAGACCCUCACCUACAAGGACCCGUUCCAAAACGUCUACAAAAAGUACCUCUUCACGGCGGACGGCAAGUACCUGCUCGGAGGCAUGAUGAUUGGCGACACCAAGGACUACGUCAAGGUGGUGCCCAUGGUCAAGAACAUGAAGGAGCUCGAGACGCCGCCGAGCCAGCUCAUCCUCGGGGCGCAAAAGGAGGGCGACGACGGGGACGACCUCGACGACGACACGCAAAUCUGCUCGUGCCACAACGUGACCAAGGGCGACGUGGUCAACAGCGUCAAGGACGGCACGUGCAAGGACCUCGCGUCCAUCAAGUCGUGCACCAAGGCGGGCACGGGGUGCGGCGGGUGCAUGCCGCUGGUGACGACCAUCUUCAACAAGACCAUGGCGGCCAUGGGCAACGAGGUCAAGAACCACCUGUGCGCGCACUUCAGCCACUCGCGCGCGGAGCUGUACCACAUCGUCAUGGUGAAGCGGCUGACGACGCUGCGCGACGUGAUGCGCGAGGCGGGCAACGACGCCGCCAGCGCGGGCUGCGAGCUGUGCAAGCCCGCCGUGGGCAGCAUCCUGGCCUCGCUCUGGAACCGCCACGUCAUGGACCGCCCGACGCACGGCCUGCAGGACACCAACGACCGCUUCCUCGGCAACAUCCAGCGCGACGGCAGCUACUCGGUCGUGCCGCGCGUGCCCGGCGGCGAGAUCACCCCCGAGCGCCUCGUCGUCAUCGGCGAGGUGGCCCGCGAGUUCGGCCUCUACACCAAGAUCACGGGCGGCCAGCGCAUCGACAUGUUUGGCGCCCGCAAGCAGGACCUGCCCGCCAUCUGGGGCCGCCUCGUCGCCGCGGGCAUGGAGUCGGGCCACGCCUACGCCAAGUCGCUGCGCACCGUCAAGAGCUGCGUCGGCUCGACCUGGUGCCGCUUCGGCAUCGGCGACAGCGUCGGCAUGGCGGUGCGCCUCGAGGAGCGGUACAAGAGCGUGCGCGCGCCGCACAAGAUCAAGGGCGGCGUGAGCGGCUGCGUGCGCGAGUGCGCCGAGGCGCAGAGCAAAGACUUCGGCCUCAUCGCCACGGAAAAGGGCUUCAACAUCUUCGUCGCGGGCAACGGCGGCGCCAAGCCCCGCCACGCCGAGCUGCUGGCCAAGGACGUGCUGCCCGCCGACGUGGUGCCCAUCCUGGACCGCUACCUCAUGUUCUACAUCCGCACGGCCGACAAGCUGCAGCGCACGGCGCCCUGGCUCGAGAGCCUGCCCGGCGGGCUCAAGUACCUGCAGGAGGUGGUGCUCGAGGACAAGCUGGGCAUCUGCGCGUCGCUCGAGGCGCAGAUGGAGGAGCUCGUGGGCAGCUUCUUCGACGAGUGGGCCGAGGCCAUCAAGACGCCGGCCCUGGCCGCCAAGUUCCGCCAGUUCCACAACUCGGACGCGCGCGUCGACGGCGUCGAGGCCGAGCGCGAGCGCGGCCAGAGCCGCCCCGUCUACUGGGCCAAGGAGGCCGCCACCGACGACUUCAAGGGCCUGCGCGGCCGCUGGAGCCGCACAGACUGGGAGCCCGUCAUCGAGGCCUCGUACUUUGACGGCGCCGACGAGCUGCCCAACGGCAUCUCGGCCAACAUCAAGAGGGGGGACACGCAGCUCGCCGUGUGGCGUUUCAAGGGCCGCUUCUACGCCACGCAACAGAUGUGCCCGCACAAGCGCGCCUUUGUCCUCUCCGAUGGCCUCCUCGGGCAGAGCCCGUGCGACAAAAAGGAUGGCGGGAAGCGUCAGGACGACGAGUCCCUGCCGCCCACGCCAUCCUCCUCCUCCUCAGCAUCAUCAGCAUCCGAUACAUCGCCGCCAACACCGGCCUCACUGGCAUCAACACUCACAUCACUAUCCUCCUCAUCAACAACUCCCUCCUCCACUACCACCACCACCACCACCACGUCGCAAUCACAAACGUCGCCGUGGAUCUCGUGCCCGCACCACAAGCGCAACUUCGACCUCGGCAACGGCUCCUGCAGCACCGACACCUCCCUCUCCAUCGCCACGUUCGACGCCGAGGCCCGCCCGGACGGCAUGCUGUACCUGCGGCUGCCGCCCACGGAGGAGCUGGACGCGGCGCUGGGCACGAGCCGGUGGAUGGUGCGCAAGGGCGAGAGCGGCGAGGCCCCCUUUGCGGAGCUCGACCGCCGGACCGCCGCCGCCGCCGCCGCCCUCGGCAAGAGGGGCAGGAAGCCCAACGCCGUCAAGGCCGGGCCGGGGAGCGCGGGCACCAAAAUGGUGAAGCCCGUGGAGCUCAUGGCUGGAGGAGGGGGCUGCGGGUCGGCGCCCGAGUGGUGA